AAAAAUAUUGCUUUUAUUAAAAUAAUCAAGGGCAGUCUCACAGUGGGCAGUAACAUGUCACUCAUAUAUAUAGUCAUUCAUUUUGAGGGAGUGCUGCUCAUUUACGUAAAUUGCUUGCUAAACAACAUGGCUUUUAAAGCAGCCACAGUGACCUUGUGUCUGUUGGUGGUAUAUUUACUACCCCAGGACGUAGAUACAGCAGCCACAGCAAGCUCACCUAACGUAACUACUGUCGCAGCGAAAGCAUCUGGCAUACAUAGUACAGCACCCGGCACACAUAUUUCAGCAACUACAGCAGCACCAAAGAAUUCUGCUCAAAGCGUCCACAACGUUGUGACAAACAUUUUAUUUGUCACUGUAAUAACGAUGUUAGUGACAAAUAUGCUGUCAGCCAGUAGACCAUCAUAUCGUAUUUGAUGUGACUACUCGGCUUAUUAUGAUAUAUAAACUAACUAGUUUUAGUGAACUGUUGUCAUUGUUUUGAAUAUCAAUAUUUUGCGGUUUUAUUACAUUGUUUGUAAAUUGAUGUAAAAACUUACAACUCUUCUGAUUACAGAGAGAUAAUGUUUUUAAUGACAUUUACAAAUACUGAAAACAUUUACUGAUCAAAAUGUAUAUUUGUUUUAGUAACAAUUAAAGAUUUUUAAAGAAAAAUA